UUUUUCUACCGCUAAUCUCCCAGGGAAUAAACAAAACAAAACCCCACCUUUGGCUUAUCACCACUAUAUUUUUCCCUUCCAAAAUCAUCUCUCUCCCUGACUUAUCUUUCAGACUAACAUAUUCUGGGAUUUGUUCUGUGACGGAAGAAGUAAUGACCGCUCCAAACAUGGCGACCAUUACCGCUUCUUUAGAGAGGUCUCUUCAGAACUGUUCGCUAAACCACCAAACAAGAAGCGGUUUAGGCGCAGAUUUUGGCAUAGGAAGCUCAGAUGAGACACCGGAUAAUCAUCAUCUGAUCCCUACCUCGGACACCGCCUUAGAGCUCAACUCCGAUAUGUCUCUCCCUUACCAAUGGGAACAAUGCCUCGAUUUAAAGACAGGGGAGAUUUACUAUAUAAACUGGAGAAAUGGCAUGAAAGCAAAAGAAGAUCCGAGGACCACGGCAGAAUACAGCGGAGAUUUCUACUCAGAAGACGACAGCUCAUACGACAGCGAGGAGUCUUCGUCGGAGUCGUCACCUUCCUCCAGAGAGCAUUACCGGGUAGAGAAAGGCCAUAAAGACCAUGUUUUGGUUGUGGCCGGGUGCAAGAGCUGUCUCAUGUAUUUCAUGGUGCCCAAACAGGUUGAAGAUUGCCCCAAAUGCGGCGGUCAACUUCUUCACUUUGAUCGAUCCGAAAAUGGAUCUCCGUGAAUGAGAUUUCUUAUCUGAAUGAGAUUCCGUUUUUCUACAAAAACCCCUUUGCUCUUUGAAAAGUUUCAUUGUGGAUUGAUGAAAUGGGAGUCAAAUGGGUUUGGUUAUUUGUUUUCCGUUGUUCUUCCACUAAUUGCUGUUAUUAAUUUUUUUUCCUAAA